UGCAGUUGGCUUUGUAGUGCACAGCUGUUUGGAAACUCAGAUUUUAAAUCAAUAUACUAUUGCUCAGGCACCACUACCAGUCCCUAGAAAUCAAACACUUAUUGGGCUCUAGUGUUUUGCCAUAUUUGAAAGGCAACAGUGUUGUAUUUCACAGUUCCAUAGGAUCAGGGUCUUCUUUCUGACAUCCUGCCUGCAGAUACCACAUUUAUCAGGACCUCAUCAACUAGUCAACCAUGACAGAAGGCAUGAUGACCGCUUCGGCCAAGAACAUCAGGAUCAAGAGGAGCAGCAUCGUCAUGCAGGUGCCGCAUAAAGAUUCUACUGUGAAUAAGAAAGUAAUGACAUCUUCAGCUUCUGCUAGACGAAUGAGCAUCUACAGCAGUAUGCAGACCAGCAGAGUUGGAUCGAUGGCGCGUCGGAGCAUCCUCAUGACAGAGGGAAAGACUGGGGACAAGGGUGCUUUGGCCGGCACCAAACAUGUUGUCGUGGUUUUUGAUGAUCUAGGGAGAGAUGUGACACCGCGGCCACUAUUCCAGCCAGAACCAACAGCUGCUAUACAGAGACAAAGCAAAAUCUUAUCAGCACAUGAUUUUGCUGGAGUGACUCAAACUGAAUUCUUAUCUUCUUUUUCUGCACACCAAACAUCUAUGGCCAGCAUUAGCCUAGCAGGCCCAUUCUCCAGGACUUACGGUAGUAGCAGUAUUACAAAGUCCAGCACUUCUACCGAAUCAUUGGCAGAAGAAAUUAUAGAACCUGGAUCUAGACGAGAGACAAUUGCAAGUUUUUCAGAUGUCCAGAUCAGACGGGAGGAAGUGCAAGAACAACUGACCAAAGAAGAUCUUGAAAAGCGUGUGGAUAUUUUCCUAACAGAGACAGAAACCAUUUGGUUAUUUGACAUGCCGACUCUCAUGGUAUCUACAGAGUCUGAGGAAGCUGAGAGUGUGAGGAAAAAAAAUGUUGUAUACAUGGAACUCUGUAAAAACAGAGCUGGCAAUGAUCGGUAUACCAACAGAUGGAUGCAAACAAUUAAUGGAGCACCAAAAACAAAGGAAGUACAAUGUGACAAAAUUGGCAUGAUUGACAAAGAGAUAAUGGCCACUGUCUGGGAUUUAUAUGAUUCUUUUAAUGCAUUGGAAGUAGCAUCGGUAGAGAAAACUGGUCAUCCAGAAAGUAUUACUUGCAGUAAAUCAGGUGUACUCAAAGACUACGACAGAACCACAUCUACAGUUUCUGUGGACCGAGAGAGCACAGCAUCAAGUUCCAUCAUUGAUCUGGAAAGUGUAAUUCUCUCCCGAAUCCAUGAAGAAGUAGAAGACCGUGCAGAAGCGAUACUAAAAUGUGAAAAAUUUCAUCAAGAUUUAUUUUUCAUGGAGAGGGUCCUCAUGGAGAAUAUUUUCCAGCCAAAGCUUGCAGCUUAUCGGCAGCUUCCUAUCUUUUCAGAACCAGAAAGGAAAUCUGCAACAAGUGAAACUGAAUCAUAUGUUGAGUCAGAGAAGGAAGAGGAGGAGGAGGAAGCAGAAGAGCCGCUAUCGGUUAGGUCAUCUUUGCUAUUAGAACUUGGUGAAGGGAGAAAAGAAAUACUACCGCCUUUUAUGGAAGCUUUGUGGACCUAUGGAUGUGAUUUUACUCGAGGCAACAAUGUGAGCUGUAUGACUUGGAACAAGCUGAAUCCAGAUCUAUUGGCUGUAGGUUAUGGGCAGUUUCGUUUUAAGGACCAGAAGGAAGGCUUGGCAUGCUGUUGGUCACUGAAGAACCCUAUGUGGCCAGAGCGUGUCUAUAAAUGUCAUCAUGGUGUAACUGCACUGGAUUUUUCAGCAACUAAUCCAAACUUGCUAGCAGUUGGACUGUUUAAUGGGACAAUUGAACUGUUCAAUGUCCAGACUCGUAAUCGUCAUUCCGUUUUGGAUAACAGUGAAUCUAGUGAGAAACACCUAGGCCCUGUGUGGCAGCUGAAGUGGGUAGAGCAGGACAGGGGGACAAAAGGAGAAGACAAAGGGGAGAUCCUGGUCUCUAUAUCAGCAGACGGAAGAGUAACUAAGUGGUUUGUUCGGAAAGGAUUGAGCUGCACUGACCUGAUGAAGUUAAAGCGAACAACAAGUGAUAAGAGAAAAGGAGCCGAAAAGAAAAGCGAAGCACUGAUAUCACGACAAGUUCCGGGGCUAUCCUUUGAUUUUCACCCAAAAGAUACUAAUAUAUAUGUGGUUGGAACAGAAGAAGGCUAUAUUCACAAAUGCUCUUGUUCCUAUAAUGAACAAUACAUGGAGACCUACACAGGACACAAAGGUCCUGUGUACAAAUUAGCAUGGAACCCAUUCAGUACAGAAAUAUUUCUAAGUUGCUCUGCAGACUGGAGUAUUAUGUUGUGGCGGCAGGAUUCAGUUCGUCCUAUUAUGACCCUCAGUUCUACCACCAACGUCCUUUAUGACAUAAUGUGGUCUCCUCAUUCACCAUAUGUGUUUGCAGCUGCAAAUGAAUCUCAAGUGGAAAUCUGGGACCUUAGUGUCAGCACAUUGGAUCCCCUGAUUGUAAAUCCUGCUACUGGAAAUUUGAAAAUCACAACAGUACUUUUUGCUAAAAAUGCAGAUUGCCUUCUUAUUGGGGACAGUGAUGGAUUAGUCACUGUGUAUGCACUAAGAAAUUUGGGUGAAGUGGACAGAAAAAAGGUUGAAGUUCUGCACGAUAUGAUUGGUACUAAUCUACUCACUCCAGAGUAGGUUUUUACAGCAGGAUUCGGUGUGGUGAAAAAGGAAGUGAUCCUGAAUCCCUGAUAUUUAAUUAUGGAACAUUUAACAUGUAACUAUUAAAUUAAUGUACAUAUAUAUUUGUUCAUAUGGAAAUAAAUUU